CGGAGGGGAAACGGCUACUGGAGGCAGCCCCGUGUCGGUUUGCAGGGACUUGGAUAUCGCUGGUGAACACGGCGAGCGGACAGGCGGAGGCAAGGGGUAACAAUCUAUAGUUGAUGCCCUUGGUAGAAUGGAAUUAAAUCCGAAUAACGAACCAGAUGCCAGCACAAGUUUUCUUGGAACUAAUAAGCCGCAAAAGAAACGCAAACUAUGGAUUUUAAUAGCCGUUGUUUUCACUUUUGUUACCGUAAUCACAGUAAUCAGUCUAAUCCUCUAUUCACGUAACUAAUGCUUAUCAAUCAUCACCUGCCUUGAAAUAUUAUUUUAUUUCUGCUAACGUGACUUCAGCUAAUGAUGAGGAUUAUUCUGCAAAUUUUACAUUGAAUUUUUCGAUAUCUUCAAACACCCAGAAAGAAAUUAAGUAUAUGAUAAACAAAGAAUUUGUUGGUGGUAUCCUGAGCCAAGAUAUUUAUGAUCACGAAAUAAAAAAUUGUGAAAACCUGAACAUUGUGAUCAGUCCAUUUGAUUUAACUUUAUCUCAUGAUUGAUCAGAAUUAAAAGAACAAUUUAUGGACAAUAUGGGAAUUUUUAUAGAAGAUUCAUCUAUACAAUCAAGAAUGUAUAUUUUUCUACUUAUAUAUCUUUUGUUUGUUUUUAAAGCCUGAAAAAAAUAUAUUUCUUUAUAAAAAAAAAAACAAUCUUAAAAAAAUGUUUUGAAUUUUAAAUUAAAAAUGUGCAAUAUUUCAAA